AUGAUUUUUUUAAUUUCAUUUUUGACNGUUAACAUCGGUAUUGAUUUAUCAGAAUUUUAUUUAUCGGUUGAAUGGGAUAUUUUAGCAGUCCCAGCGACGCGAAAUGAAGAAUAUUACCCGUGUUGCCCCGAGCCAUUUUCAGAUAUAACAUUUAAAAUAACAAUGCGAAGAAAAACGUUAUUUUACACCGUAAAUCUAAUAAUCCCCUGCGUUGGAAUAACGUUUUUAACAGUCCUAGUUUUUUAUCUUCCAUCAGAUUCUGGAGAAAAAAUGACUCUGUGCGUUUCAAUUUUGCUUUCUUUGACAGUGUUUUUCCUUUUAUUAGCCGAAAUUAUCCCACCAACUUCUUUGGCUGUUCCACUUUUAGGAAAAUAUUUGCUCUUUACGAUGAUUUUGGUUACUUCUUCGAUUUGGGUUACGGUUUGUGUCUUAAACGUUCAUUUCAGGUAAUUAAAUUUAUUUAUUAUUUAUAUUU